AUGAAAUGGCUUCCGGAAAAAUACAUGGAGUCACAGGAAGAUUUUUUCGCCAAGCGAGGUUUAUCAUGGCAUAUUAGUGUGGUGGUGAAGAAAGUAACUAGUACUACUACAAAAAGCACACAGCCAAAGAAUACUACGGGUAAUGAUGAAAGUGAGAAUGAAGAAACUAGUGACGAAGAGGCCGAAGAAGAAGAAAUGUCUGCACAAAAUAGUUAUACUCAUACAGUUUAUGUUCAUGCUAUGGAUCAUUGUGUUCAGGAUAAUGAAUCUGUCGUUGCCAUUCUUCAAGAUGUAUUGACACGUGUUAAAGCAGAUGAUCCAUCGAUAGAAUAUGCGUACCGUCGUGCAGAUAACGCAGGAUGUUACCAUUCUGCCGGUACACUCCUGUCGUUACCACUGAUAUCUGAAAAAACUAAAAUCAAAAUAUCACGUAUUGAUUUUUCUGAUCCGCAGGCUGGAAAAUCGGGAUGUGAUCAGCUGUCAUAA